AGAGGCUGUCCUGGGCUCCCUGGUUCUCAGGGUCAGAAAGGUGAAACUGGGGAAAAAGGGGCAAAAGGUGCCAAAGGUGAGAAAGGGGUACAAGGAAACAAAGGUGAGUGUCAGGCUCAAGCCAGAAACUGUAAGGAGUUGCUUCAGAAGGGAUAUAUCCAUAGUGACUGGUACCUGAUCUAUCCAAAUGGCAAGAAGUCUCUAAAAGUCUUGUGUGACAUGGACACUGACGGAGGAGGCUGGAUUGUCUUCCAGAGACGUUGGGAUGGAUCUGUAAAUUUCCACCGUGACUGGAAAUCCUAUAAGACUGGGUUUGGCAGCCGUUUAAAUGAGUUCUGGUUGGGAAAUGAUAAUCUUCACUGGCUUACAUCAUCAGGCACCUGGGAGCUGCGCAUUGAUUUACAGGACUUCAUUCACAAAAAGAAUUUUGUCAAAUACUCCUCAUUCAAAGUCUUGUCUGAAUCGCAGAAAUACAAAUUGGUGCUGGGACCCUUCACACAAGGAAACACAAGAGAUUCCAUGUCGUAUCACAACAAUGCAUUUUUCUCAACCUAUGAUGAAGACAAUGAUACAAGCAGUAAGACCAACUGCGCUAAGUCGUCCACUGGAGGCUGGUGGUUUGUCUUCUGCUACUACGCGAGUAUGAAUGGGGAGUAUAAACUGCAGACACAGAACAGCAGCUCCACUGACAUCGCCUGGAAAACUGACCAAGGAUGGAAAAGCUUCUACAAAUAUACAGAGAUGAAAAUAAGAUCCCUUUUUAAGUGA